GUCGGAAUACCCGAAGGGCACUCCUACCUUAACACAGCUGCUUUAGAGGUGAAGACUAAGGCCACACAUGCGGAGUAUAUGGCGACGCAGUUCUUUGCCGGGCGUUCGGCGCAGGUGGUGGAGCCGGGACCUGGUGAUGUGCUACUACACCCCCCCGAGGGCUGCUUUGCGGUGCACAUCUUGUCCGUGGAGUUGGGCCUCCGGUUCCCACUCCAUCCCUUCGUAUUGGAGUAUUUGCAUUUCGUCAAGCUUGCUCCCUGCCAGAUCACCCCAAACAGUCACUCAUACUUAGUAGGUUUCCUGUCGCUAUGUCGGGAGAGGGGGGUGGAGGCCUCGUUAGACCAGUUCCUCCUGUCAUUCAAUCUCUGCCGGGGGGGGCACGCCAAUAGCGAGGGCUUCACUAAUCUUCAAUAGGUUCCCGAGUGGAGGCUAUUCUCUGAGGUUCCUUCCUCCCACAAAGGGUGAAAGGACAAGUUCUGUUUCAUCCGGAUGGAAGAGAAUCCCUUCCCUGCUCCUCUCCGCGACAAUUUCCGGAGGCACCCGAAGGUGGGGAAUGCUUUCCUUGCUACUCUCCCGGAGGAGCUGCUCUGACUGGGCUUCCGGCGAUUGCGAUUGGUGGGGGAGGCUGGUGACAAGUACCCUCCGAUAGAUAGGGUGUACGAGAGUGCCAGAGGCCCGGACAUGGACGCCAAAAACUUUGCCAAGCUGAAAAAACAACUGGCCAAAGAACCGAAGAAGAAGAAAGCCGAGGGGCCCUCUCAGCAGAGGCCCGUCGAAGAUUUUUUCUUGGGGGAGGAAGCUAUCAAGGCCCCGGUAGAAGAGGGGCCUUCGAGAAACAUCAAUGCCGCUGCCGGUGCUGAGGCCGGAGUGUUGCAAACCAAGGCGGCCAAGAGGUAGGCUCCGGGAAAAGGCCUUGUUGCCCCUGGAAAAAGUGCCAAGAAGGCUACUGGUGAAAAAGGGGCGCCAGUGGUUGUGUCCGAGGGUCAUUCAUCCUCCGGCACUCUGAUGAUGGUGGUCGCUCCUGCCCCCCUUCCGGACCAGGUCGGAGAUGGGACAUGGCCCCGGGAGAACGUCCAGUUCUCCAUCAAGAAGGGGACCGCCAUAAUGCAUGGUACCCUAGAUGCGAAGGAGUUCCUGAAUGGGGCUACUCCUCCGCUGGAUAGAUCGGCCCUCAGCCGGUAUGAUGAUGCAGCCCUGGACUCCAAGCUGCUUCAGGCCUCGGUGACUGCCAGCGUAGCCCUCAGAGAACAUGUCCGAAGGGCAGAGCAAUUGCGCCUUCAGAAGGCGGAGUCGGACGAGGCUUUGAGGAAGCUCGUCGCGACUAACACCGAGGCCAUCCGGAAGAUGGCAACCUUGGAGGAGACCCUUCGGCAGACCAACGAGUUGCUGAAGGCUGCCCAGAAGGAGAAAGCCGAAGCCGAGGAAGCUGCUGCCCUCGCCGCCAAGUCAGCCGCAGAAAAAGCCGAGGAGGCCCAGAAGGAAGCGGUCCUGUAGGCUAAAAAGGAUGAUGUUGCUUCUUUCCUUGCCGGGGGCUGGAAAUCUGAAGACAAUAAGCAGUGGCUGGCUUCGGUGGUUGAGGCCACUGUCGAUGACUGGGUGGGAGGCCCCGGGGCGAUGUGGUUAGUGUAACACCCCCAAAUUUCCCGCCCAAAAACAUUGAUAUGAUUGAAAUAAAACUUUUAUUUAUUGAUAAUAAAAUUUAAAGAGUACAGCGGAAGUCUAAAUAGGGAAAUGGGUGUUACCGCCACAUCCGGUCAUCUCUCAACCGGAUGCACAGGCAACUAAAACAAAACAAUAAAACUAAUUAAAUAAAUAAAUGUUUAUUUCAAGACUAAAUUUGACUAAGG